AACAUCUUUUGUGGAAUCGGCGUUUUUCAGAUUCAACUUUUCUAAAAAAAUCUUGAAAAAAGUAACUUAAGCUUAAGGGAGCUAAAGUUCUAUUCGCCUGGUAAUAGAUAGUUUUAGUGUUGCGCAAGAAAUUGCUAAAAGUUCGGUUCACUAGCAACUUUCAUACGACCGACUGGUGUUGUGUAACUUGAUAGGGAAGUGAAAGUAUAUCGUGCGGAAACUACUGAUUGAUUCUUUUUGGAACCGGAACUAAAAUGCCUGCAAAAUGCCGCUUAUGCCUGUCCUACUGUCCUCCCUCGUCGGUGGAGAACGACGAUCUGCGUCGGGUGGUCGAUAAGGUUUUCUACUUCAAGAUUUUCCGAAGUCAAGAUGAUCCAACGUUGAUCUGCGAAACCUGCAAGGAGACGGUAGAUGGAUUCUACGAAUACGCCGAGAGCGUAUGGAAGAAUCAGCAGUUCCUGCGGGAGAGUUCGAUUCCUUCAACCAGUAGCAACAAUCAAGUCGUUACGAAGCUUGAGAUCGAUCAGCAACUGGGUGGAUUUCCUAGGGAACAAAAGCUUGCCAAGAAGGUGAAGGUAGAAGAGGACGAGGAAGAAGUUUACGAGGUAGAAACAUAUGUGGAAACAAGUUAUGAAAAUGCGGAUGAUGGAGAAAUCGAUGUUAAGACUAAUCGCGUAUGGAUGACAGAGGACGACACUGAAGAGGUAGAUGAGUCGGAUGAGGCAGAGGGCGAUGCGGAUGAGAAGCAUGAUGAAACGAUUGUAUUCGAAAUCGAAGAAGUAGAUGUAGACAGAGCACCCAAACGAAAAUAUACCCCAAAUAAUAGAGUAGAAAAAACGGCUCCAAAGUCGGAUCGUGAAGAGCAACUACUACAGCAUUAUAAAUUGAGCUGUGAUUUGUGUUCGGAACCGUUGGCUGGUUUCUCUGAACUGAUGAGACACUUCAAACACGUUCACAACGAACAGGGAUAUUUGAAGUGUUGCAACAAGAAAAUCGUAAAGAAAUGCUGGAUGAUUGAACAUAUUCAGGUGCACAUGAAUCCGGAUACGUUCCACUGCGCCAUCUGCAAGAAGAGUUACAGCUCAAGUCGUGUUCUAAAGGAGCAUACUAAAGAGGUGCACACGCCGAACGAACAGCGAUCGAUCAAGUGUGAUACCUGUCAGAAACCGUUCGCAACGCAGCGUGCACUCAGCGCCCAUUUGAUGGUGGCUCACGGAUCUGUUCCUUGUCCGCAGUGUCCCAAGUUGCUGGCCUCGCAGGGAUCGCUGAAGAAGCAUUUGGUCAUGAUGCAUGGCGAGGGAGAGCAGUUUGUGUGCGACAUUUGCGCCAGGGUUUUCCGCUCAAAACCGUGCUUCGAUAAGCACGUCAAGAUCCACCUAGGAACGUUUGAAGCUGCACGGGUGCAGUGCGGUUUGUGUUUCGCUUGGCUUACGAACAAGUACUGCCUGAGACAGCAUAUGCGUCGCAUUCAUACCAACGAGGACGAAGUGGUGACGUGUGAGGAGUGCGGUCGACCACAGCGCAAUCAGGUCAUGCUCAGACUGCACAUGGGCCGGGCCCACGGAGAAAGUCGUUUCGAGUGCGACAUUUGUCUCAAGAAGUUCAAACGGUCACAUCACAUGAGGGAACAUAAAGCGAUUCACCACACCGGCGAGGAUCUUUACGGUUGCGACUACUGUCCAGAGCGGUUCAACAACAAGAACAAACAAUGUUUGCACCGGAAGACGUGCCAUCCGGUUGAGUUUGAGGAGGAAAUGCGCAAGCGUGCUAUGAAAGACAUGUAGACUUAAGCCUAAGAUUGUGGUUUGAUGUGUUAGCUUCAUACAGUAACAAACUAUCUGUACCCGUACAAAUGAGUCUAUU